UUAUUUUAUUUUAUUUUUUUGUAUGCGCAUGAUCUAAAGCUUAUAUAAAGGCCCAGUGUAUCAUCUCUGCUUUUCUCAAUUAUCAAAACAAAUAAAUAAAUAAAUUAAUAACAAUGGUAUCCUUUCUUCAUACGCUUGUUCCUGCCCUGGUGUUGCUUCAAUUGACUUUGGCACUAAGAGUGAUUGAAAACUGUAAACCAGGUUAUGUGGCUCUUACUUAUGACGAUGGGCCCAAUAUAUAUACUUCAGCUCUUGUUGAUUUACUGAAGCAAGAAAAUGUAAAGGCUACAUUUUUUGUAAAUGGUGAUAAUUUCCUUCAAUUAGAGGAUAGUACAGAAGCUCAGAACGCAGUCAAGAAAGCGCAUCGUGCUCAACAUCAAAUUGCAAGCCAUACAUGGUCUCAUCAAGACUUGACUAGUAUUAUUGGUACAAGGCAAUUUGAUUAUGAAAUCAAGAAAUUAGAAAGUGUACUUCAAUCCAUUAUUCAUGUCAAUCAUCCGACCCCCUAUGGUGCUACGAAUGAUAAGGUCAACAAGAGACUUGGUUCUAUGGGCUAUGAUAUUGCCCUUUGGUCUACAGACACAAAAGACUAUGAAACACAUGAUUUAAGCACUGAAAUGGACAAUAUCCGGUCUUCAUUUAGUCGCAAGAACAAAAACAAAGGUUAUGUUAUUCUAUCUCAUGAUGUAAGUAACCUAUUCCAAACUAUAAGCUCAAUUGGAUUUCUAGGUAUUUGAACAAACGACGGUUGAAUUAACAAAGGCAAUGAUUAAAUAUAUUAAAGAACAAGGAUU